AUGGAAGCCAACAAAAAGAAGGCGGGCCGAGAGCGCAAACCGUUGCCCUCCCGCCGAGGCGAGCAGCCCGACCGCGGUUCCUCGGGCCCCAAAGCCGGCAAGGAGCCCGCGAUCUCUCAGCCAGACGAGAACGACGGGUCCUUACUUUCGCCUAUCAACCUGAGUGCCGGCAGAAUCGCCGCCACCAAACGGGGAAAACUCCACUUAGGGGUUCCAAGAGCUGAGCGAAUGCCGGCCGCUUCAGUGGACCAAACACCCUCCCCAAUCGACCUCACCUGGGAGUCCCAUAAGCAGCCCCCCCAGAACCAGCCUAACCAGAAUCGGGCUCUACAAAACCAGUCUCCUCAGAAUCAGCUUCCUCAGAACCAACAUCUCCAGAACCAACAUCUCCAGAACCAGAUUCUUCAGAACCAGCUUCUUCAGAACCGGAUUCCUCAGAACCAGCUUCCUCAGAACCAGCCUCUUCAGAACCGGGCUCUCCAGAAUCAGCAUCACCAUAAUCAGCUUCACGCGAACCAGCUUCUCCUGAAUCAGUCUUCUCAGAACCAGAAUCCUCAGAAUCAGGGUCCCCAGAAUUUCCCCAAUGUCGACAUUGAAGCGGACAUGGCGUCGCAGGCCCUUGGAAAUGCAAGACAAGUGAUGAGCACCAUCAACGAGCUAGGUCAUGUGGUCAUGCUCGGGGCCCACCGUAGGGGAAUCAUCGAGAGAGAUCUCUAUGUUGCGACGGCGCAACGAAUUGAAUGUGAAAACAUGCUAGAGCGCGAGAAGGAGCAGCACGAGCUGGAUCGCCUCGAGCUGCUCGAGUACAAGUUCCAGACCAAGGCCCUCGACAGCCUGAUCGCCAGUGAGAAGGAGCAGAAGAACGAACUGCGCGCGGAGCUCAAGGGUUUCAGAGCCACUCAGCUGAUGGAAUUGGCUGAGAAGACGCGCCUGCAGGCGGAGAACGCGAACCUCCAAGCUGACUUGAACGACGCCAGAGCCAAGAUGGUAGAGACUGAGAACAAGGUUGCCCUCCACGCCGAGGGCUCCGAAAAGAGGCACAGCGAGAUCCUCCACGCCAUCGAAAAGAGGCCGGGAGCGUCCGCCGACUCCCAGUCCAAGACCCCGCCGCCCAAGAGAGCCCGCGUCGACUCGGCCGCCGUGGACGUCCCCGUCACGCACGUCUGGGACGACUAUCUCGCCAGACUGAACUCCAACAUGCGCAAGUUCGACGUCGUCCGGGACCCCAGCGACGAGAAGUCUCCGACCUACCAGUACAUCUUCCUUGAGAUCGCCGCGAUUCUCAGCACCAAGCGCUGCACGCCCAAGUUCGAAAGCUUCCUCGAGUACUCGAGACCGGGCGAGACGUACUGCCUCCUCCAGGUGCUCCACGAGGUCGAGGUCGGAGAACAGGCCAACCCCCUUACGGGAGAGAGCUGCAACGGCCAUGAGGACAUGGGAGAAUGUCUGAAGGUGCAGUGUCAUGAGGCGGACGGUGACGAGGGGAAGAAGAAGUAUACCUUCCUCUCCUUCGACUCGAACAAGUCGGUUUCCAACUGA